AUCGUGAUUCGGUAGUUCAUGAGUCGACGGCUGGACACCCUCUUUGCUAAAUAUGGCGUUGUGCUCGUUUGGCCUCCCUACAAGACCGCACAAAUGCGCGCUUGUAGGCGUUGCAAAGUCAAUACUGGCCGCUCAUAUUCCGAAAGAGAUGCCGUUUUCUUCCACUACUUUAUUGCAUAAGGCCAUCGCAGUUGGCUGCAUCUCCCACCCAUGCCAGCUUCGGCAAUUUCAGAAUAUCUAGGAUGUCAUGGACCUGCUCCAGGUCAGCCGCGCCAUCGAUUACCUUCAGCCCGCCACUAUUGUCCUCGAACAAGAGUGAUGCACCUUUCCAAAAGGGGUAGUAUGUCUGAUGCGGACUUCGAUGUACAGUGGAGCCAGCGACAUGCCACGGGCCUCCUUGUGUUGGGUAUCAAUGGACGUCUCCGUCUUGGAGAGUCGGAUGGUCCUUAGACUGGGGAGAGCUUUGGUCGUCUUCGCAAAGCUAUAAAUUGCUGGAUGUUUCCCUGCCUUGAUGGACCAUGUUUCUCAAACUCUUCUAAAAUCGUCAGGCACAAGAACUCAAUUUUAUCCAAGUCUCCUUUGAUUACGAACAACCUACCGAUUCGAACUGCGACUCCCCAGUGGCUAUGGUCCGAGUCGCGUCAGCUGUGGUAGCUCUGGGAGCUGUAUGCUUUGCGGCAUCAGAACAAGUGUUCGGUUUCAAAUCGGGCCCUUCGGCACCGCACAUCCCUCCGGGGCUCUCCCAUGGGUUUGCACCGGCCUACUCGUCGAAUAAAACCGACAAACCGACUCAAUAUUUGAUGGCAGGACCGCAGUUAACAGGAUACGCGGCAGCAUCCGCGGUGAAUAAAGUGCCUGUGAUUCCGAUCUCCGGGGACGGAAUAAACUGUCCAAGCAAUACAGAGCCCAGUGCUAAGAGCUCCGAUGGCUACCAGUGCAUGUACGGAAAUGCAGAGGGGACUAUCCACCUUCACUCCGCAUUGUCCAAGUGCUGCUAUUCGCCUCAGGAAUCGGUGUUCUUGCUCUCUACGACGGGAGAGACGUACCAUGCGGCGAAUUACUUCUUCGAUAGUAAAUACUGCUGUGUUGACGAGGGCGAGGUGGACGCUUCGCUCACUGAUGGCAUGUGCGUGUACGGGCAAUCGCGGCUGACGGUGCCGACUUCGUACGUGACCAAGUGCUGCUGGAAUAAGAAGACGGAUUCGUUUGGGGUACACUUGCGACAGUCCGUGCCGAACAUUCCGCACGUCGUCAUCAACAAGGGGGCCAAGGUAGAUAUCUUUCCGGAUCUGAGUGCGGGAGCGACAGUCGUGGAAGCGAACAUCUACCAGUCGUUUAUGACCCUGAAGAUAAUGCUCUGGCUCGGCGGGGCGAUCAACGAGCAUAUUACGUUCACGAUACAGGUGUGGUACAGUCACAAGUGGGAGAUUGCUCGACGAUGGCAGUUUGGGACGUGGAUCCCGGGCGAGGUGUACGCUGAUUUCGAGACGCUGAUCAGGCCUGACCUCUCGAUCGACUACAAGGUGCACUACACGGGCAGUGGGAUAUUUGGGCGGCUGGAGGCGACGACCGGGCCGUUCCACAUCGAUACCCCUCCCGAACUUAAGCUGUUUCUGGGCAACCUGAAAAUGUGCUAGGAAUAUCUCAUUUGGCAUAAGAUAAGUUAUGAAGAAGACUGUCUCUGUCGGAUGAUUGGUCAUUGAUGCAUGUUGUGUGGACUGCUGGCCCUGUUGUCAAUAUCAAAUUAUCAAGCAUUGGACGGCAGUGAGGAAGUAAAUAGCUUGACAUAGUUAAUGCAGUUCCGUACUCCGGACAUGAGAUUAUUUCUACAAGCAUCCAAUGGGACAAUGAAGCUGGAUGUCGGAUAACCGACCAACUCUGUGGCUGCUGGCUGUGACUGGUUUCUGUUUGGCAGAAAACCGGCUUUUAACGAGAGGUGAGUCCAAG